AUGCCGAAGAAGCUCUCCAAGAACUCGUUCCCCCCGAGCUCCUCCACGCUCUCCUCCCUCUCGUCCAUCACGACCUCGUCCACGUCGACCACCAAUGCCGCCCUCACGCUCCUCCCCGCCUCGCUCGCCGACCCGGCCCUCCCCCUCCCGAAGCUCGUCGUCUUCGACCUCGACUACACCCUCUGGCCCUUCUGGGUCGACACCCACGUCGCCAUGCCCCUGAAGCCCAACAGCACCCACUCCGCCGGCAUCGACAAGUACGGCGAGGAGUUUGCCUUCUACGAUGACGUCCCCAACAUCAUGUACACGCUGCCCCGCGCCGGCGUGCGCAUGGCCGUCGCCUCGCGAACGCCCACUCCCAACAUUGCGCGCGACCUACUCAAGAUUAUCCACAUCCCACCGCCCCCUCCCGCCGACGAUGCGACCGCGCCCAGCAAGCCCGAGAAGCCGAAGCGCGCGACGGAUUUGUUCGAGGGUGGUAUCGAGGCGUACCCGGGGAGCAAGCUGAAACACUUUGAGAUCAUACAGAAGCGCACGGGGAUUCGCUACGAGGACAUGUUGUUCUUCGAUGACGAACCCCGGAACUUUGAAACCGAGAGCCUGGGUGUCACCAUGUACCUCAUCCGGGAUGGUACAUCAUGGAACGAGAUCGAGAAGGGUGUGCUCAAGUGGCGGACGAGAAGAGGACACAUCCAGGCACAAACUUCGACGGGGAUGGCCGCAUGA